UGUAUUUUAUAUCUUGGUACUGGACUUUUAAAAUUUAGUCCUUAAAGAUAUCUUAGUUAACUUAACUUGUGUGUCAUUAGCUUCCUUGAAUUGAAACAGUUGUAUAUGUCAUUUUGUUGUUGCAAAGUUAAAUUCUUAGUUUUGUUUUCACUAAAGAAAGAAACAGAAAUUCUUUCUACAAGUUAUAAGUUGCACAGAGUACAGAGAAUAUAACAUUUUGUUAUACAAGAACUAGCUCGUAAGAAAUUAGAGGAAGAGGAGAGAAUACGUAGAAAUGAAGAAAAAGCUGAAAGGGAGAGGACUGAAAAGAGAAGAGCUGAAGAGAAAAAGGUUAGAGAUUUUCAUAUUGAAGAAACAAAAGUCAUUUUAGAAAAGCAUUGGAAACUAAUAAGGAAUCAUAGAGAAGAGUUGUGGGAAAAAAAAGAUGGCAGCAGUAUAUAAAUGAAGUAGAUGGAAGACCAGACCCAUUGAUCCUUCCUGAAAUAAAUUCUUAUAUAUCGGAGAUGAAUGAAGACCUCAGUCACUAUAAUGUAGAUGAUGUGUUACAAGAAUGUCGUGUAUGCCUUUCGCUAAUUAAUGAGGUGGAAAAUGCAUUUCUUGAGUGUCCUUUCAUUGAUAUCAAAAUUGAGACAGAAUGGAAUGAGACUAUUCGAAACAUGAAAAAUCUCAUACAGAGAAGUCUUGAUAGAGCAACGUAUACACUUUUAAAGAAUGCAUCUCAACAUGUGGAUCCAGAAACACUGAACAUGCAUCAUUAUGGAUCAGACAUCGAUGUCUCUGCUCCAAGUGAAAAUCUUGGUCACUGUAUGAUUACUUUCUGUUUGUGGGCCAACUUAUCCAAAAAUCCACGCUACAAAGGAAUGGAGUUCAAAGAAGCAGGGCACAAGUUUGAGUUACCCAGAAAUCUUUUGGUAAAGGACUGUGCUGUUCGGAUACUGCAUACAACAUUUGAUCAUUAUUCUGAUCUGUGUUUCACAGAGACCCCUCCUUCCAAGGACGAAAACUGCAAAGAAGUCAAACAGACAGAGGCAAACGUAGAUGCUUGUCAAUCUGAAGAACCCAUGAAGGAUAGAACUGACUCUUCCACUAGAUUAAAGACAGAAUCUGCUGUUCCUGAGACAGCAGUUGAAAGAAUAAAGUUAUCACCAAGUCCCAAUCAGCCUGUCACUACCCCAGUUCCAGUUGAAUCUAAAGCUGAUUCACCAAUAGAAAUGAAUAAUAAAACACAGUCUGACAUUCCAGAAGUUAAUAAUGUCAACCUUCUUGCAGAGAAAGGAGAUGUGCAAAAUUCCCAGAAAAUUAAAGAAGAAACUACAGAAGAGAUUGUUGACCUGCAUGGAAAUACCAUUAUUGGUGGUGUUUUCCAUGUUGAUCUUCUUCAGCUACCAGCCCAGCCUGUCAAGACAAAAUACUGGCUUUUAACUCAAGUUGAAGAAAGGAAGGACAUUGUUCACAUGCCAUAUAAAUUAAAUGUUGUUCCACCAAAGUCCCCACCCUCUGGGUUGACUUCCACAGCUGCAGCCGAAUUUGUUGAAGCUGAAGUGAAACGAUAUGAACAAGAGAUGUCACAAACCUUUCUAAUAACUAUAAAACUUCCUUCUUCCUUUUUAUAUUUGGGUCAGCCAAAUCCAGUAUUUUGGGAUAAUCAGAAAAAGAAAUGGAUUACAAGUGGAAUCUAUGAUGUGAAAUAUGAUGAAGAUGAAGGAUGUUUAUCUUUCAAGUCAGCACAGUUUGGAAUCAUAGGAGCUAUGCUUAACAAGUACUCUAAUCUUCCAUACCAAUCCUGGGAGCUAAAGCCAGGGAAGUCACCAAACUCUGUAAGCCUAUCAAUAACAGGAGCAGCAGUUCUACUUGAGUUUGAAAUUCUAAACUCUUUUUGUAAGAUUGUUCAUUUACAACAUGGUGAAAAAAGUAUUUUUCCAGAAUUGUGCAAUAAGUGGAUGCUACCACAGGCAGUAGUAAAGGAGCUGUCUCGAAUUGGAAUUAAUGUAAAUCCAGGAUAUGAUGACACAGACUGUAUUGGAGUAACAGGAAAGGAUAUAGAGACAGAAGAGUGGNUCUAUCACUGUAUGGCAUUAGUUUCUUCGGCUUUCACUUUUAUGUGGAGUAGAUGGAAUGGUGGUAGUGGUAAAGACUGCAUUGUGAUGAAGUUCUGCGAAAAAAACAGCACAGAAGAUGAAGACAUAUCUGCACAGGGAACUUACCCUCUGAUUUUGGUAACACCAGAAAGAGCAACAAUUCUGAAAUGUUUAGAACUCAGUGAAGCUUUCAGUGAUGAACCACUAGAGGAUGUACAGUUUUAUGGAGACCUCUAUCAUCUGUUGAUGGGAAGAGCUUCUAACUCUGCAAAAGAACUGAUAGCAGACAGUAAAGCAGAACUGUACAGUGGAGUAUUCAACAUCUUGUCAUCCCUCAAGAUUCUAAGUUUUUCCUGAAUUACAGAAAUACCUAAAACUUCUGUAUUAACUUAAAAUGCAGGCAAUUCUUAGUAUUAUUCAUGUACCUCGCAUUUUAUUGUUUUUAUUUUUCAUUUAUAAACUAUGUAUGCUCAGUUGUCUGUUACUUUUUUAAAUAUAAAGUGUGUUCCAGUAUUAUGUUGCACAUCUUUAGUAAAGCAACCUUUGUCUACCACAUUCAGCAGUCCACCUGCACUUUUCCAACAUAUAUUUGUCUGACCAUUUUUUACACAGCACAUGGAAUGUAAAAAACCCCACUAAUGUCAUAUACACUAAUGAUACAUUGGUAAGGGACAUUGUAUUUUUAUACAAGGUCCCACCAACAUGCAUUUUGAAAUAUGGUUAAUUUUGUUAAUAAAACAAACAUCAUACAUUGUAAUUAAUUUCUUGAAAUGU